UUACGAAACGUCGUCUUCGCCUUUAAUCCGGAGUCCCGCAGACAGAGACAGACGUCAGGGAAAAAGAACGCGCAGUUUCAUAACACAAACUCAAGAGUCGGGCCGCUGCUCUGUCCGUCAGCGAUGGCAAACCUGGUGCGACUACGCGCCCUCCAGGGUCUGGUGAAUGUCAGCCGGGUAGCUCGCGGUAACGUCAACAAGCCCUGCCACAGCACCAACACCUGCGUGCAGCUGAGCCAACUUCGCGGUGUCGGCACUUCAGGCACCCAGAAGAGCGACAACCAGGCCAGCAUGGCCAACUCCUCGAUGGAACAGUACACCGAGCCAGACCCAGCCCAUCCGAAAAAAUGCUGGGUGUCUUACGGCUUCGACGACACGAGCGAGUACAUCGACAGGCGCCUCAUGCAUUUGUUUUACCUCUUCGGCGUCUCGCUUGUCUUGAUUGGUGGUAGCUGGGUCAUGAUAUACAUCCCCGACAACCGUUACAAGGACUGGGCCCAGAGGGAAGCAUACUUGCGACUUCGCGAGAGGGAAGCUGCUGGUUUGCCACCCAUUACAUUGAACGUUAUCGAUGAGGCCAAGGUGAAAUUGCCCACCGACGAGGAACUGGGGGACACCGAUGUCAUCAUAUAAGCUAUCUGUCAUCUGCUCCGUAAUAUAACUACUGUACGGUGUGUUAUGAGUACUGCCAGGACGGCUGUUUUUGCUGUUCAAAAGAUGAGGAGAACAAGUGUGGCAAGACUAAUUUGUUAAAGUUGUAUAUUGUACGAUAGAGGAACAAGUGGAGGCUUUCGUCAUUGACGUUGUUUGUUCAAUUACUCGAUAAUCGAAAUAGAAUAAAUAAUCUUGUAAUCAUGUGAGUCAAAUACACUGAAAUAAUACUUAAUUUACAU